AUGCUGCCGACGCCUUCGACUUCGCACGUCUGCUUCGAUCGCGUGUACGAGCCGGCCGAGGACUCGUACCUGCUGCUCGACACCCUAGCAUCGCCGACCGAGUCAGCGUUUCUCUCAGAGCGCUUCCCGCUGUCGAGUACCCCGCCGUUGGUGCUCGAAGUGGGAGUCGGCUCAGGCGUCGUGCUGGCUUUUGUCGCAGCAAAUGCGCGCAGCAUUUUUGGUCGCCAUGAUGUGUUAACUUUUGGCACUGACAUCAACAGCUUCGCCUGUCAAGCAGCUUCACAGACAGUCUCAACAGCCAUCACGGAGAAAGAACAUCUGGCCGACCGAUCUGUAUUCCUGGAUAUCGUAAACGGCGACCUGGCGUCCUCAGUCCGCGCGCACUCCAUCGACGUCUUCAUCUUCAACCCGCCAUACGUACCCGCCGAGCUGCCCGAUUUCUCGCGCCAUGCCGACUUCAAUGCCGUGCCUGAGGGUAAGACAAAGCCCAGCUUCGAGCAGGACUCGUACCUACUGGAGCUGUCAUAUGCUGGUGGAGAGGACGGAAUGGUGGUGACGAACAGAAUGCUGGAGCAGAUCCCGGACAUAUUGAGUGAAGGGCGCGGGGUAGGUUACGUCCUGCUGUGUGCACAGAACAAGCCAGACACUGUCAAACAGCAGAUAAGAGACAGGGCAUCUGGAUGGCAAGCAGAGACAGUCGGCACAAGCGGAAAGAAAGCUGGUUGGGAGAAGCUACAUAUCAUAAGGAUAUGGAAGGAUGCUGUCUAG